AUGUUUCUAUCAUCACAAACAUUGGCGUCGGAUUUGGGUGUUAUGGGAGAAAUGGCGCAAACGGAAUUUCGUAAUUUCUACCGAAAACAAUUUAAAUUUGACGGCGUCGAAAGUUAUCAAUUGCAACUGAUAGAUGCCAUUUACACGGCGGCUUUCAAAACAAAAACGGAAAAGAGAAAACAGGUGAUUUCAUGUGCCAUAACGGUGCUAUACAUUUGUGCUAAUGACUUCGACAUCGAUAUGGCUGGAAAUCUAGUGCUUAGUGUAAACGGUGGCGACGUUAUGUAUGAUUUUGACGAACGUUUGUCUUCACCAUUAAAUAGUACUAGCCCCGUAGCAAGUGGUAAAGUCGGUACCGAAUUAGCAGAAGCUCAACACACGAAGAUACCUUCACUGUCUGGGGUAGAACUUUUCCCUACUGAUUACGUUCAAGUUCAGGCUAUAGAAUUGGUCAAUGACGGCACAGGUUUAGGUUUUGGUAUAAUCGGUGCUCGAAAUUCGGGUGUUAUUGUGAAAACUAUUUUGCCAGGAGGUGUAGCUGAUAGAGAUGGCCGCCUUCGCUCGGGCGAUCAUAUUCUUCAAAUAGGUGACGUAAACUUACAACAAAUGGUUUCAGAACAAGUCGCUGCCGUUUUACGACAGUCUGGUACACAUGUUCGUCUAGUAGUGGGGAGAGCUAUAGAAAAUCCUUUGCCAACUGGUCUUAAUUUAGAGCCUGGCAGUGCAAUUGUGCCUGCACGUGUUUUAGUUGAUCGUGCCGAAUUAGAGCGCUAUCUAAUAUCUACAGGAUUUCCUGAGAUAUUCGGAGAAAGCUCAAAUGCUUCUACUCCAACCGAAGAUGAACGUUUUAUAUAUCGUGGAGCUGCAGGACAAUCACCAAUGAUUGAUUUACUGGAGCUACCAGAAACUGAAACGUUGCAAGUGGAACUUACCAAAGAUGCCAACGGUUUGGGUAUAACAAUAGCUGGUUACGUAUGUGAGAAGGAGGAGCUUUCGGGUAUCUUUGUUAAAAGUGUUUCUCCUGGUUCUGCGGCCGAUCUCAACGGACGCAUACAUGUUAAUGAUCGCAUAAUUGAAGUGGAUGGGGGUCAGGUUGUAAAUUUACGCUUAGAACGUUAUCUACGUGGACCGAAAUAUGAACAACUACAACAAGCCAUAGCGGCUAACGAUGAAAUAACCAUUAGCGCAACGUCUACACCGUCACGUAAUUCCGCACAGCAUUGUUCUACAGCGGGAACAUCGCUUUUAAUGACAAGCAGUUCCGAAAUGUCUGCUUAUUUUCCGGGCUUGGAUGUGAGCAGUUUUCUGACGGAGUCUGACUCAUUCAUGCAGCCGACGAUUGCGAAGCCAGCUGAAACGUCAACUGCUUCCACUAGUGCGAGCGGUUUCGGCAUCGAUAAUAUUAGUGAGGAGCUUCCCAAGUUAUCUCCGGAACGUGCUCCAGAGUGCGAACAAGAGACAAUACAUGCUAAAAACAAUAUACUCUUGGCGCGACAUAAAUAUUAUACCGAACCGGAAUUAACUCCUGAAGUAGAACAAGAAAUUAUAAGAAAGUGGAAAAAUACCGUUGGUUCCGAUGUCGACAUUAUCGUAGCGCAGAUCAAAAAAUUUCCAAUCGGUGGACUGGGAAUCUCACUGGAAGGCACUGUUGAUGUAGAGAGUGGCCGAGAGGUCCGGCCACAUCAUUAUAUACGCUCCAUUUUAGCCGAUGGACCAGUAGGUGUGAAUGGCAAACUGCGAGCUGGUGACGAGUUACUCGAGGUUAAUGGAGAGCGUUUGUUUGGCAUGAACCACCUUGAAGUGGUAGCAAUUUUGAAAGAAUUGCCUCAAGAUGUGCGUAUGGUGUGUGGACGUGGUAGAACCGAAUUGCUACCUUUUUCGGAUGAUACGUUACGCAAGUUAGGUAAUAAUUUCGACAACCUAAUACCGUCUUCUGAUCGUUUAGUUAAAGCCAAAUCAGAUGGAAAUUUGGCAACUUCAUCGGCAACAAACGAAGAUUCCUUUAAACUGAAGUCACGUUCUCUAGAACCGCUAACUGGUCUAGCGAUGUGGUCUUCGGAGCCGCAAAUAAUCGAAUUAAUAAAAGGCGAUCGCGGCUUGGGUUUUUCGAUAUUGGAUUAUCAAGAUCCUAUGGAUUCUAGUGAUUGCUUAAUUGUCAUACGCUCUUUGGUAGGUGGUGUCGCGCAAUUGGAUGGACGUUUAAUACCAGGAGAUUGUUUGCUAUUCGUAAAUAAUAUUAAUUUAGAAAAUGCUACUUUAGAUCAAGCUGUGCAAGCUUUGAAAGGAGCGCCGAAGGGCUCCGUACGUAUUGGUGUAGCCAAACCCUUGCCUAUGACGGAUACUUCGCUUAAAGCAAAUGGUAACAAUAGCGGAAACGCUUUGUCAUCUGAAGGUGAUAGUGCUGGCAAUUCAUCAAACACCCGGAGCCUUCCUGCCACCGGUAGUACGAUGGAAAGCAUUCAUAACCAACUGGCAUAA